AUGUCCUCCUGUGAGGUUAAUGACGUGAGGCAGGACAAGUGAGUGCAGACGCUCGUUUUGACGCACAUUUAUUUAUUUUUUUUUCGCCAAAAAAUAUUUCUCCCCUCAUCUCCUCACCCGCCUGUUUGCCCGAGCAGGUGGCACAAACUGCCCGAACUACCGGAGGCGAGGGUCCGCGCAGCCGCUGCCUGUCUGCCGGGCGACAGUCAGGUCUUCGUUUUUGGCGGUUGGAAUCCACGCGACACCCGGCUUGACGCCUGUCUGCAGUCGGGUUUGGAAUAACUCCUCCGUGGUGUUCUGCGGUUUGGAUAAACAUCGCACCGCGCUUGCCUCUGUGCUCUUCUGCCAUCUGCGAGCAGACUGGCGUCGGCGGCGGCAGGAGGCGACCUCAGCGAACUUUUGGCAGUCGGCUGCGCCCAUGAGAACUGCGCGAUGGGGGCUCGCAGCGACGGCAUUUCGGGGAGCAAUUCUGGUCGCCGGUGGAGCGGAUGGCCGAGAUCUCAACACUGUGGAGAUGUUUACGCCGCCAGACGCCCGCAGCCACCUCGGCCAGUGGACAGAACUGGCGCACAUGCAGGGGCCUCGCUGCCGGUUAACUCUUCUCACCUCCGCCAACGCCGUCUUUGUUCUCGGCACCGGUAAUGCAACACACCAUUAAAUGCAUUUCUCCUCUUUCUCCUUUUUGCUUUUCUUCCCUUUUUUUCUUUUAAAUGCGCACUAUGCACCAGCAGUGUGUGUGUGUCUGUGAUAUGUCCACCGCGUUUUGCUUUGAGACUGAAUGGAGCGACCUCACUGACGGUUGUAUUAUUGUGGUGUCAGGAUAAUUUACCUUUAUAUGGAAUUUUUCUGACUAGUAAACAGUUUUGAAUGCAUGAAAUUCAUCAUAUCCCACCACAGUAUGUUUUUAAAUCUUGGCCUCAGCUAUAAAGUGACUCCACUGUAAGCCGGUGAAAGACGUUGCCUUUGCAUGAAUUUUAAGGAAUAAUCCGUAGAAUAUCAUGCAACUUAUGCAGCGCUGACAAAAACUCUAUGUACAAUAUUCCAUUUGACUUAUUCACCUUCCUUAGGUAGAGGACUGAAGACUGGGAAAGACGUUAACAUGACAUGUUUUUUUCCCUAAAUGGCCACUCUGCAGCACUUAUGUGAAUACUGCCUAUGCCUCUUUGUUUCCUUCUUUCUCUGUUGUGGAAUCUUCUUUUUCGUAACCGACCUUCAUUAAAAUAUUUUUAAAUUUGUAGGCACAUCCGGCGAGCCAGGCAACACAGUAGAGGCCUUCGCAGCACCGGAUGGUUCAGCCAACCCCGACAAUAACUUGACUGCUUGGGUCUGGUCGUCCCAGCGCCCAGGGGAAAUGCUCAACAGGAUUCACGGAGCAGCAAGCAUUCGCUUGUAA